AUGUUACAAACAAUGCAAUCAAGAAACGGCACAAUGUUGAAUUAUAAUGGAAAUAUAAAUAUUGAAUCGAAUAGAUCUAUUCUUGAACAUUUGGCAAAUGAAAUGAUAUAUGAAAUAUUUGAAUUUCUUGAUUAUUAUGAUGUUUAUAAUGGUUUUUGUUCUCUUAAUCAACGAUUUCAAUAUUUAGUUCUUUAUUCAAGUGUUCCAAUUACAAUAAAUACACCAGCUGUAUCAAAAUCAAAAUUUCAAGAUUAUCAUAGAAAUAUAGUUAUUCCAAAUAAACAUCGAAUUAAUAUAUUUUCUUUAUCAAAUCCAUUUGCUGUUGAUAUUGUCUUAUCACCACCUCGUAUUAUUUUAGAUUUUGUUUGUCUUGAAACAUUAAUUCUUGAUAAUAUCAGUAUGGAAAAUCUCAAGAAAAUUUUCUAUGAAUUAAUGUUCUUACCAAAUUUACAUUCAUUAGUACUUAAUCUUGCUGAAUAUGUACAAAAUUUAAAUGAUAUUUUUUCUAAUAUAUUUUGUUUACCAAAAUUAAAAUAUGGCAAAAUUACAUAUCGAAUCAGAAUCGAUCAGGAUUUAUCAGGUGUUUAUUUUAGUAGAUUUCAUUGUAGUCCAAUUGAAACUCUUAUUAUUAAUGGUCCUUUUCCAAAUGAUUCAUUAAAUAAUUUAUUAUAUCACUUUCCAAAACUUCAUCAUUUAUCAAUUAAUUACGUUACUGCUUCUCGUGUCGAAAAUAGUGAAACACAUGCUACUUCAUUAUUAAAACAUUUAAAAUAUGUUUCACUUAAACUUUAUUUAAUUGCAUUUAAUAAAUUCGAGCAAAUUGUACAAACAUUUUUUUGGUGA